AGCCUUGUGAAAUAAGUUUCCUUCCGAUUGUUUUUCUGAUGCAAACAUAGAAGUGACGGAUGUCGCUUUUUGCUUGCAAGUCACCAGAAAGAGGAAAUCAAAACAAAAAGAUGAUCUCCUAAUUGCUGACGAUGAACACACUGGAAUUAUUUGUUUUGAUCCUUCUGCUUUGCUAUGAAGGCAUCGGUGGACAGCCAGUUGUCUUUUCCAGCGAAGGGGGCGUGGCCAUCCUGCCCUGCUACCAGCCCUCAUGCCCCGACUCUGACCUCAAGUGGCUCUACAGCAAACACGGCGCUAGGACCUUCCUGGAGGUGGACAGAGGCAAGGUGGUGUUAACCGAGCCCAGGUCUCGACGUCUCAGCUUGGAGAACAGCUGCUCGCUGGUGGUCAACAAUGUGACGAGGGAGGACGCGGGCUAUUACACGUGUCGGACGCAUAAGGACAGCAGCCUGUUCUUGGCUGUUUUGACGCUGUCAUCUCCUGGGGGCGCCGAUCCGAGCAGAGACGGUCACGUGACCCUCAAGUGCACCCUGACCAACUACGACAGACAAUGUCCUGAGAAGAGUCUUCACUGGGUGGACGAGGGAGGCUCCCAGUUGCGUCCAGAAGGCGGAGCUGGACACGAGUUCAUCCAGGAGCUGAAUUGCGAGUCGCACAUCAAAGUGAAGCGUCAGCCAGGUCACGACAGGAAGUACAUAUGUCAGUAUGGAGAGAACGACGUCAAGAUCCAGGCCGAGAUCACGCUGGCCUUCACGGGGCUUCAACCUAGAGCUCCACCCCCUGAGCACAUCCGGCUAAUCAUCAUCACCGCUGCUGCAGUUGGAGCCUUGGUGCUGCUGCUGGUCGUCGUAGUCGUGGUCGGGGCUAAAAAUAGGCAAAGGAGACAAGUGAUGAAGGAUAUGCCAAAACAUGAUGAGAGCAAGGUGACCUACGACAGUGUCACUUACGACAAGAAAAGCUCCGCCCACAAGGUGACAGACUCACAAGGGGAGUGGUCGUGUGUGCAGGACGCAUUAGAAGACGACGCAGAGAGCACAGGAGUGACGUACGCUACUGUUAGCCACAAACAGCAGAAAGCCAGCUCUGAGGUCAAGCGGGAGGAGGAGGAGGUGACCUAUGCUGCCAUCAGGAAGACGGCGAGCACCAAACCAGACGAUGAUGGCAGCACAUAGAAAGAGGAAAUGAGUCAUGUUAUGUAAAAGUUUAGGACCGCCCCCAUGUUCCCGCACAGUGAUCCAUGACCUUUAAACCUAUUUAUUAUUGACGAGAACAAACUUUGAUCACACUUUGGAUGAUGAAAAACUUGCCUAAGAGGAUCUUUGAACUGUAUGUGAUGCCGUUAUGGCUGACAAUUCAGCAGAAAGUAUUAAAUGUUACAGUGAUUAUGUUGGUGGAGCUUCAAACUUGUAUUAUUUGCUACUGUCCUUAAAGAAAAUACAGUAAACCCUAAUUUAUCCAUGUUAAUUGGUUCCGGGUCUAACUGUGAUAAAUUUGUUUCCACUAAGUAGAAAUUAUUACCUAUAAAACUAAUAUUUUCAUUGCUAGAUCAUAAAAAGAAAACUUGGUUAUCAUUAUGAGUCUUUUAGACAUUAAAUAACACCCUUUAGUCACCUUUACACUCAUUUAAUACAAAAUAGUCAUGCUACUUGAGGCUGAGCCAAUCAGUGGCCACGAAAAUGAACAGCGCGCUCUGAUUAUUUUUGGUCUCAUCUCGUGGCCAAUGCUACUAAGCUCAUCUGGUAGAUGGGGUGAAGCAACAAUACAGGUGGAAUCAACAAUAUUCAUAAACCUUGUGUCCACACCAAGAAGACCUGGACUGCAUUGUUGCUUCAUUUCCUUUAAGGUGUUGUUUUUAUUUUGGUCAUUAAUCAUUAGGGUCAUCCUGAGGCGAUAUUAAUAUCGGCCUAAUAUCAGCAAAAACAAGUAUCUAUCAGAUGAUAUCAACUUGCAUCUAAAAUCUCCCAUACAAGCAGUCUUGCAGCGUGUUGACUUGUGCAAAGCUGGACAGAUAUAUAUACCACUUCACUUCACAAGCCCAAAUCUAUGAUUAGGAUAGUGUUUUUCAUACUUACUAUUGUUCUCUAAGUAAUGUCACCUAAUUAAAACGUUUCUAAAUUUCCACACUAAAAAAAUAAUAAAAGAAUGUAUGAUUCCUGCUGAUUGGAUAAUAUCGGUAUUGGCCAAUACUCUAGGCUCCAAUGUCAAAUGAAGAAUCAUUUUAAUCGUUACCAGUUUGUAGAUGUUUCCAUAUUUUUGAAUUUUUUAAUAUUGGUGUAAAUUUACAUUGUUUUGUAUAACUUUUUUUUUUUUUUAUUGUAUUGUACAACCAGAACGACUAUUGUAUCUGUGUCAGGGGUUCAAAACCUAGCCGAGUCAUUACAAAGGGAAGCAUUGAUGGAAAUAUCAUCUUUAUUCACAAUAAUUUACAAUUCGAUUAAAAUGUUUAAAUGUACAA